UAGCUCCCUUCUUUCUUUUGUUCAAAAUGAAGAGAACGCUUCUUCCUUCCGGCUACGAUCUACCAAGAGGCAGAGUCAGUUCUGGGUGCGCCCAACCUCAUGUCUGACCAACGGCGUCCAUGGGUCUUGAUAUCCCCUUUCCUAUCUUUAUUUUCGGUGUUUCUGCCGACGUAUUGUCAAAACCGACUCCUGUUUUCCUGGUCAAUCGUUGCUUUCACCACAAGCAGUACGUUGCAAACUUCACCUCACCGCAAAAUCUUGGGAAACAUCUAACGUCAAUUAUUCAGGCAAUUUUCAAGACCAGGAUAGCUCUGAAGUCCGGAUUAGCACCCUCAUGGUUCUUGCUGGAUGCAUCCUCUCUUGAAUGGUUCACCACUCAGCAAACACUUAUCGACAAGAAAUGUUUCGAUUUGUCCGACGCAUUAUAUAAAAUGCAACUUUCCCUUGAGGACCAUUUAUACGUCCUUCUUGCUUUGGCGUCGAUGCUGCUUCUGUCACCGCCCAGUUACCCCCGAGGAAUUGAAGCCUUUCAUCAGCCAUGACAAUUGCUGGCUAUCAUCCAGCUCAUCGGAAACAAUACAACGUCAACCGGU